AUGUGCAACGACUGCCGUAAACUAAUUCAGUAUCAUACAUUAAUGGCUACUGGUAUACACCAUGCACCCAACAGUGACAACCAGGACGAUGAAAGACGUUUUGCCGAUUGUGACAGUAAGUUGUUACAAGAAUCAAUUGAUAUACAAGGUUUAUUUCAUCUAGAAAAAACACUAAAGAUCGGGACGGUUAUUUUAAUGGGUGGUCCAUGGUCUAUUGACAAUAUUUCAUGGAACAGUAGUAAUUGUAAUUUAAAAACUAGGCCACCUGCUGUUUGUCAAAAACCAUAUUCGAUAGAUGAUGAUAAACGCACAUGUUUCGGAAAUAAUAUGGCUCAAAUAACAAACUAUAGUCAACAAGUUUUACAAAGAAACAAUAUUAAACUUUUAUUACCAGAUGUCAAAAUGAAUUUGUUACCCUAUCCAAAAUCAUUUAAUGUAACGGUGAUUGAUGUAAAGCCGGUGUCCCAGUGUGACGGCCAUAAUCCAGUAGCAUGUCACGUGCUAAUGGAUAAAAAUGAUUGUACAUUUAUAUUUUGUCAUUUAGUAAGUGAUACACAUUUACUUCAAAUUACAGUUAAAUAUGAAAGUCCAGCAGCUGUUGAACCAUUGUUUUUGGUUAAUAUGACUAUGUUGUGUCAUUCGGAGCUUCAUAAAUACUAUAAACAAAAUAAUCCGUUGCUUAAACAGAUGUUAUUAAGUACAAAAGUUGGGGAUGUCAUGUGCCAUUUUGUUAGCGCUGUGAGCAGCUUUUUUAUAUGUAAAAACUGA